AUGACCAAGAACGGAAAGCCCACAGUUGAAGAGCUUUCCAAGGCUUUUGAUUCAAUUUUGGAAAGUGUUCUUGAAGAAACUGGCUUAGGAACUUCCAAUAAAUGUGAACAUAAAUCGUAUGCUGUAGAUCGUUUGUAUAAUUUUGCGGCAAGCGAAUUCAGAAGACAUGCGAGUCCGACUACGUCGACAUCGGAAAUUGUUUCUUGCUGUGACGACUUCAUUUCCGAUUGGGAAACGUCAGGAUCGAAAUCUGCUGCUGUGCAACAACUCAUUGCAGUUUUGAAACGACCCCAUAUACGAGGUUUAUUAUGGGCAACUGAAGACAUAGCAGCUCAGAGAUAUGCUCCAGAACUUCCACCGAUUCCAUUUGAAGUUGAUGAAGACGAAGGCAUCGCGGUAAAAAUUGUGAGAAUCGUUCGUAGAGAUGAGCCACUUGGAGCUACAAUAAAAUGCGAUCAUGGAAAAGUGUACGUAGCGAGGAUAAUGGCAGGAGGUGUAGCGGAUCGGAGUGGAUGCAUUCAAGAAGGAGAUAGAGUCCUAGAAGUUAACGGCGAAUCUGUUUUAGAUAAGCGUUCCGACGAAAUCGUAGCGCUUUUAAACAAAUGUGACGGUGGAUGUGUGACAUUUAAACUCGUUCCGGCCGAAGUAUGGAAUAAUCAUGCAGCUAAAUCGCAUAAUAAUAAUGAUAAAUCGCAUAUUCAUUUAAAAGCAUUGUUCGAUUACGAGGGAGGCAAAGAUCCGCGUCAUCCGUGUCCUGAAGCAGCGUUGUCGUUCAAACGAGGUGAUAUCUUGGAGCUUCUUGUGUGUAACGACGAAUUCUGGUGGCAAGCUCGACGAAUUGGCUACGGUGCUCUCGCAUAUUCAAAAGAACGGGAUGAUGAACAUGGUUCAAAAGGAGUUGGUCUGAUUCCAUCUGAAACAUUGCAACAAAAGACAAGAAGUCUCGAGAACGGAAACGAAAAGAAAUCGAGUUUGAAUAGCCUUACAAGGGGUGUGAUAGCUAGUCGUCAUAGGUUAAAUGAGGCUAGUGAAGAAAAAUACUACGAAUCAGUGUGUCGCAGUCGGCUAAAUAUUAUUCGGCCUAUUGUAUUGAUUGGACCUCCAGGUGUCGGAAGAAAUGAGUUAAAACGAAGGCUUUUGAUGUUGUUCCCUGAACGAUUUUCAACUACUGUUCCUCAUACUAGUCGACAGCAAAGGGUUAAUGAAAUUGAGGGUGUCGAUUAUUAUUUUACCCAGCGAAAAGCCAUAGAGAAAAUGAUCGAGAAGGAUGAAAUGCUAGAAUUUGGAGAAUUUAAAGGAAAUCUUUAUGGAACGGCGGUUUCGUCUGUUCGAUUGGCACGUAAAAAGGGUACUCCACUAUUAACUCCGCAUCCAUUAGCCCUGCGUAAUCUGCGAACGGCGGAGUUUGCGCCGAUCAUUAUUUUCGUACAACCGCCGUCGUUUCACGAUUUUAAGGAAACUCGCGAAGCGUUCCGAUCCCGGAUGACUCGUGCCCAAUCAGCGGCUUCUUCAAACAAUGCUUCGACGAUGGGUAGCGGUCUUGGGCGUGGAUUCACGGAUACUGAAAUUCGUCAAAUCAUUGACAAUGCGAUUUCCAUGGAGAAGACUUAUGGUCAUAUGUUCGACGCUCGAAUAGUCAAUACAAAUUUGGAUGACACGAUGAGCGAGCUUAUCAAAUUGAUACAUUUACUUGAAACGAAACCCACUUGGGUGCCUCUUAACUGGGCAACUAAGCCCAAUUGA